AAACAAGAACUAGUAAAAAAUGAUAUAGUAUAUUUACCGUUGAAUAUGCUUCCUGAAAAUUUUAUAAAAGAUAUAUUAACCGAAGAAAAAAUACUUGAUUGGGAUUUGGGAUAUGCUAUGACUGUGCAUACUAGCCAAGGGAUGACGCUUGAAGCUCCACAACGAGUUUGGGUUAUCGAUGAACAUUUGGCGUGGGAUAAUCUAAUAUAUCUCGCAGUUGGUCGUGUAGAAUAUUUGAGCCAGCUUAUUCGGAUUGAAGGUCCCCCAUUACCUCCUGAGAUUGAGGAAGCAAAAAAUAAGAAAGCAAUCGAACAUUCAUUGAGGCCAUUUAUUUCUGGAAAACUCGUAGGAUAUAUGGAUCAAGAUAAGAAAAAGGGUCGCGAAUUCGAUUUAUCUGUUGAUAAUAUUCUUGCAUUAAAAGAUUCGCAAAAAAAUAAAUGCGUAUUAUGUCUCAAUGAAAUGUU